AUGUCUCGGAGUCGUGCAUGCGAUGGGUGCGCCGCGCGCAAGACCAAGUGCGAUCGCAGAUCGCCUUGCCGGCGGUGCACGGCCCUAGGUGUAGCCUGUACAGCUCUGCGGGAAUGUGUCAAGCCCGGCCCCAAGGGGCCAUGGGCCGAGCGAAAACGCCAGGCUCGACUGCAAAGAUCUCCACUGCCACGGGCGACGGACAUUUCUACAGCAGAAAUCUCGCCGACUUUACAGCCGAUCAUCCGUCAGGGCGUGUCAACCCCUAAAAGAAGACGUUAUCUCGACGUCUACCAGCGGGAGUUAUACUACCUCUGGCCCGUUAUCGAUGUGGAGGAUCUGGGCAGCCGAUUAGCCGAUGCCGGCGCAUAUGCACUCUGCACGGCACUCGGCGCAGUCACUCUCUCUCGCGUUGUCCAUCCAAGUCUAAUUAGCGAAGAGUUAGACCCUCGGGCAGAAAGCGACAAGCUGGUGACAGAAUCAGAGAAAGCAAGAGCCCAGGUUCUCUACCAGGAAAAUCCAAGCACCGACAUAUUGUUGACCUCGUUUUUCUUGCACGUCCACUGCUCCAAUCGCGGCCAAAUUUGCAAGGCUACUCUACUUCUACGCGAAGCCAUCACUUUUGCUCAGUUACUCGGCUUCGAUCAGCCCAAGCAUUAUGCGAACCUCCCAAAAUCAGAAGCUCAGCUUCAUCUUCGGAUUGUAUGGCUCCUCUUUAUCACUGAAAGAGGGCAUACCACCCGAUUUGACCUCCCAAGAACUUUGCGUCUGGACCCAGACUUACCAGCACUUGAAGAAGACGAGAACCCAUCUGGAUUGCUUCCAUUUAUUGGAAUGUGCCAAUUAUUCCAAACUUUCGGUUCCGCCAUGGACCGGGAUCCGGGGCCUGAUCUCAUGUCCGAUUUCUUUGUCGGCAUGGAUACACGCUUGCGAGACACACGAGGGCUGUUAUUCAGCAGUCCCGACUCCCAACGAGCAGACUUUCUUAUCACCCAACAAUGGAUGAGAAUAAUCUUGUGGAAGCUAGCUAUGUUCCAUGUGGAGUUGUCGGUCGAUCCCACAGUCGAAAAUUUGAGCAUUUCAUUCCCGGAGAAUGUGGCUCGGAACGUCAUGGGGUAUCUUGAUAUGUUCCCUCGAGGUAUUGUCGAAGGCCACGGUCUCGGGAUGCAAAUGAAACUGGCCGACAUCGCUAUCUCCCUUGCCGAUGUUCUGUCUUGUACACCACUGGUCCCCGAAAGCCGGCAACUUAUGCGAGUUCGCCCGGCAGAAGUGUUGAAUCAUCUGGCUGCGUUCUUGAACUCGAUCCCAGAUAAGGUCAACCCACAUCUCGAGCUCCUGCAGGAGAAAAUUGCGCAAUACGGUCUGUGCUAUCCAUUAAAUGACCUGCCACGGAAAGACAUAUCUGUCCAUGAGCGUGUGCAGGAGAUACGCAAGCUUGAGGAGGCGACAGAACAUAAUACUUGGCAAGUAGAUAAGAACAAAAUUGAUAAUGCCCUUUAUUUUUAA